UGUAGAGAAGCCGAAAGAACGACAUAAGCUAUAUAAAGCAGAGGUCUGAAAGAAUACCAUCUAGCAUUUCGUUAUAUCGGGUACUGAAGAACGUACAGAAGUAGUUUUCGGAGAACUAAAAAUUUCCAAAAAAAAAGAUCCAACAAAAUACAAGAUGAAAUAUAGUUUGCUACUCGUACUGUUUGUGGCAGCGACGUUUUCGGCUGCACUUGCGUCCCCAAGGCGGACACGUGUGGGAAAAACAGAACACCCUACCACAGCAGCUGAAGAAGUGACCACAAUCGAUCAAGAAACGGUAUCACCAUCAACGGAAUUACCUGCCCAACCCGUAGAGGAAGCGUCGGAAGAUAAAGAUCCAGAACCAGCGAAAGAUUUGCAAGAACAAAAUAAUGACGCUGAGGUAACGGUGAGCAAUGUGGAUGAUCACGAAGUUGUUGAAACUGUUGUGACUGAUGCUGUGGAGGAAACGGUUCAUGUCCAAACGCCUGACAUUGCACCAGUUUUGCAACAGAGCGAACCUGAGGAGGUUGAAGACACUGAUGUCCAAAAGGUCCAUAAACAAUCACCCAUCGAGAAAGAUUCAAAAUCAUUUUUGAAUUUGUUUCUAAACGGAAUGGAUCACAUUAAGACUGCAAUCAAUGAGCUUCAAGCGGGCGUUCAAACGUUCUUCAUCUCGUCUAAUGCUGAUGGAGCAAUGGCGGAUGAGGCAAAGUCUUAGAUUAUGGUGCUCUGGUUCUAUUUCCGGAUGUAUUUUUCCAGGUUGUGUAGCAGUUUUUGCUCGAAAGCGAAAAAACACUGCACAACAAACGAGUUCUCAGUCAUUAGCUAUAAGAUAAGGAUAAUCUUAAGCGGUGUGUUAGCCAGUUUUUGUUUCAUACUGUAUCUCGAACGUCUUCCAUACAAUAAAGUAAGCUAUAGGCUUUGGUUUUGUACUCAGAGUGCGUAAUGGGGUUUUAAUCAGAUCAGAUCAGAAAAAAUAUAUAGAUGAAUUAUUUUUCUAAUUAUACAACAUAAAGUCCUUCAUGAUUAACAAUGAGUUCCAAUUCCUCAAGAAUUAUUGAAAAUGAAACACAAUUAAAAAGAACUUCAUAAACCGAAUAGAUCAGCUGUACAAAUACAAGUAGAAAAAAAUCAUUCUACGUUUACGUAGACCAUUACCACAACAAUCAGAAAAUGGGAUAAAACAAAAAUGAAAGCUCCAUAAAUCCAAAAUAUGAAGCACGUGCUGAAACUUUAAAUGCUGUACCUUGGCUCGAGACAACACAGUUGUGUAACAGCAGCAAAUGUUACUGCAACACGAAAUAGUGACAGAGAAUAAAGGUAAAACACAGUAAAACUGAUUCUGUGAGACAGGUAGUGAGAAGGCGGUCUACUCACGCUCACAUUGUGCUCAUUCCCAGUGAGAAAGAAGCAAGUCGAAGACGGAAGGAUCGCAGCAUAAAUUUCAUUCAUAACAGUGCCUGCCAUGCGAGCGUAACAGUGAGCGAAAACCGAUGCUGGAGAGAAACCGUUUUUCGGUCUGUUCGGUUCAUUCGAUGUGAGUAAAUAGAAAAAAAACUUAGAAACAACGCUGGAUCAAGAGGAAUGGAAAAGGAUGCAAACACAGAUAGGAGUAAGAUAUCAACAAUGGAGCAGAGUGCUACGUGGCACACGUCAGCCGGAUGUAAAGCGGUCCGAA